UCUUAAAACGCCAGCGGAUUUGCUUAGUGCGUGUGUGUUGUGUGUUUGUGUUGUUAGUUUGAACACGAAGCUCCGAGUUAUUGUUUUGAUUUUUUUUCUUGCGAUCUUGUAUCGCAUUUUUUUUCUGUUUUUGUUGUUGUUUUAAAUUUCACUUUGAUCAACCAUCUAUAACCUUUUUUUUCAUCUUCAUUAUAUAAAUCGUAAAAAAAUUAUUUAAUUCAUCUUUAAUACGGAUAUAUAAAAAAGGUCAAAUUGGUCAUCUACAAAAAAAAAAAAAUUAGGCCAAGAAUAUUAUCCACAUCUCUGCGCCAACCAUUUCGAUUAGAAUAAUUUCAUCAUCGAUAAAAAAAAAAUUCAAAACAAAUAAAAUGGAUCCAAUUAAUACUGAGAAUAAUAAUGAUGAUGAUUGGAAUGGAAACGAUAAUGUUUCGAAUAAAUUCUCUACAUAUGAACAAGAAUGUAUUGAUUAUAUUGAAUCAACAACGCCGGCCAAUAUAAUCAUUAAUGAAACUGAUGAUGAAUGUGAUGAUGAUACAGAUGAUGAAGAACGUUUAAAUUAUGAACGUAAAUUAUGGAAUUAUUUCCAAAGUUCAGCCAUGGCCAUUGCUCAAUUAUAUUCAAGAGACAAUUUAUCCACAGCCCAUAAUGUUUGGAGUACAUUUCAACAAGCAUCGACUAGUGUGACCUGCCUAUAUAAAGAGAGUAGUGAUUUUCAUCGCAAACAUUAUGAUCGAUAUCGUCAGGUUGGCUAUCAUAAACGUACGAAAGAAAUAUUAAAUUGGAUCAAGAAAAAAAAGAAUUUGAUUAGACGUGAAGAUUUGCUUGCUUUUCUGGGUGGACAUGGAAAUGGUGGUCCAUAUCACCAUCAUUCUUAUCAUAAUCACCAUCAUCAUCAUACAGUACAUCGGUCGAAUCGAUCUGGAACACGAACAUCAAAUCAUAGUUUACGUUCAUCCAAUCUAAACAAUAACAAUAAUAGUUUAAUGAAUCGUUUGGAUUUAGCAUCCAAAUUGACACUUUCGUCUAAUAACAAUGAAUCAGAUAAUGAUUCAAUCAUCAACAAUAAUAAUGUUGAACCAAAUUUAGAAACAUUUAAAGAAGCACUUCAUAUGCGUAAUUCGACCGUAUCAUCGACGAUGACAAAUCAAACCGCACAGAAACGAAAUAAUCAUCAUGAAGAACUACAUGAAUUUGUUGAUCAACAAUUUCAUCGCCAUAAUGAAUCAAGAAAGCGGACAUCAUCGAUGGAUAUUUGUAUGGUUGAUUCAUCGGCAAACGGUGUUGUUAAUAAACGAACUAAAUUCUACUAAAAAAUAUAAAAUAAAUAACCUUGUAUCGUACGUUAUUAUGGGCGACGAUUUUUUUUUCAUUA